UAAAAUAAUAAAUUACACAACCUAAUACUAAACAUCUUACAGUUAACAGUUACUAACCCCAAAACCCUAGAAACAAUGAGAAACUAAAAACUUCAAAAUUAAUCUCCAAAAUCCCAAUUUUAGCUAUCCCGCCUUUUAACCCCGUUUCUGAUUGGAAUUUAUGAGAGUUAAUCGCAGUCACAUUGUUCCGUGUCACUGUCACUGGCUCCAAUUUUCGCUUUCACUCCUCAGGGGUAAGUUUAGUUCUUUCUUCAUUUGAUUCUUUUUCGUUGUGUAAAAGUCGAUUCCGAUGAUGAAUUUUAAUACCCGUUUCUUGAAAUUGUUAAGCCUCGUUGAAUUUGAUCCUAGGGUUUCAUUAAAACGUGUAAUUUUUAGCUGUCAAAAAUACCCUAGAUGCAUUUCGAGCAAUGCAAGUGAAGUUCAACACUCCUUUGCUGCAUCUUACCUCAUUAAUAAUUUAGAUUUAUCCCCAAAAUCUGCUCUUUCAGUUUCUAGGAAUCUUCGUUUCAAGAACUCUGAUAAACCCGACGCUGUUCUCGCCUUUUUUAAGAAGCAUGGUUUCUCGAAUGCCCAAAUUAGAAAACUAAUAUGUGGAAUCCCUGCAAUUCUUGCAUCCCAUCCUGAGAAAACCAUUUUGCCCAAAUUCCAAUUUUUCUAUUCUAAAGGUUUUUCAGGCCCCGAAAUUGCGAAGAUCUUAUGUGUUUGCCCUUGUAUUCUGCAUAGUAGCUUGGAAAGAAAACUAAUCCCUGCCUUUAAUGUCAUAAAAAAUCUUUUACAUUGUGAGAGGCAUGUUGUACAUUCCAUUAGACGCUUUCCAAAGAUUCUGCUUUCUCACCUUGAAUUCUACGUUAUCCCUAAUAUCAAAAAGUUGCAAGAGAGCGGAUUGCCAGAAUCAAGUAUUGUUUGGUUACUUAAAUACCAUCCUGAGUCUUUAAUAACAACAUCGGAUCGAUUAGCUGAGAUUAUAAAAGAAGUUAAGGGAAUUGGGUUAAAUCCUUCACUAAUAAAUUUUGUUAUUGCGAUCCAUGUAAGGAGGUCAAUCAGCUUAUCAACAUGGGAAAAGAAACUUGAUACUUAUAAAAAGUGGGGUUGGUCAGAGGAAGAGAUUCUAGUGGCUUUUGGGAAGCAUCCGCUGUGUAUGGCAGCUUCGGAGAAAAAGAUAACGAGAAUGAUGGACUUUUACGUUAACCAUAUGGGAUGGAGUUCGUCGGCUAUUGCAAAUUAUCCACUACUAAUUGCGUUGAGCUUGGAGAAGAGGGUCGAACCACGGUGUUCUGUUAUACAGGUUUUGCAGUCAAAAGGUCUGAUCAAAUUGACUAGUAUAGUUACACCUUUGUUGCUUUCUGACAAGUCAUUCGUGCUCAAGUUCGUGACACCUCAUGAGAAAGAAGCUCCUGAGCUGUUGAGGUUAUAUCAGGAGAAGUUGAACAUUGCAAAAUGUGAGGACGAGGAGAGGUAGCGGCAAACAGUAGCGCGGGUAUUUGUACUAGACUUGUGUCAACUUGGUGGUUGGAUUAACAGAAACGGUCCAAUUAUUUGAUUUGCUUAGACAUAUGUCUGCUUGAUAUUUGCAUACAUGUUCUUUUUGUCAUGCUGAUAAGAUACAGAGAGCUGAAGGAUUGAGUGGACGAUGAUUGAGCUCCAUGCUUCCUGUUAUGUAGGAUUUAGAAAUUCAUUUAGAAUUAAAAAGGAGUUUCAGAAUGUGCUUGAUAAGGUGAAUAAGAUAUGUUUUUAGUGCAUAACUGUUGAUGUUCAUUGAUGCAUAAUUUCAUGGAUUCCUAGCACGGAAAAUUGCUUCA